ACAGUUAACACGAGAAGUGGCGCCUGUAUUGACGUAGGGGUGUUUUUUGUUUGUCGAGUUCGUUUUUUCACUUGGAGAGGAAAUGAAAGAUUUCCGACGCCCUAGAACAGGAGAGGAAUUUUACGAAUCUUUCGAGGGAGCUCCUUUGUUUACAGCCGUACUCACGUAUCUAAGCUUUCUAAUAUUGAACAUCUUGGGGAGGCUUCAAGAUUUCCUGAGGUUUAUUCAUGUAUUAGAAAAUCAUUCAGUAGCAGAAGUACCACAAACUAAAUCUUUCGUCCCGCUUUACUCGUCUUAUGAGGCUUUUUAUACUCGUAAUCUAUACCGAAGGGCACAAGACUGUUGGUGUAGACCUAUUUGUUCUGCUCCAGGUAGUGAAAUCGUAGUAAUGGAUCGUAAAUCACCGGACUGUGGAUGGACGUUGAAUUUUACAGGAACAAAAUCAAAGGUUUUGAACUUAGGAUCAUACAAUUAUUUGGGAUUCGGAGAUCCUACCGGACCUUGUACUAAUGCUACAGAAAAAGCCACAGUGAAAUUCGGUGUAGGUGUAGCAAGUUCUAGACAAGAGGCCGGAAGCUUAAUAUUACACAAAGAACUCGAAGAUUUGGUUGCUGAAUUUGUUGGACAAGAAGCAGCUAUUGUUUUCAGUAUGGGCUUCUCAACCAACUCACUAAAUCUGCCAUGUCUAGUUGACAAAGAUUGCUGUGUAGUCAGUGAUGAAUUAAAUCAUACAAGUCUAGUCUUGGGAUGUCGAUUGUCGGGAGCAACUAUACGUCGUUUUAAACAUAAUGAUAUGGAAGAUUUGGAAAAAAUUCUGCAAGAUUCUGUUGUUUAUGGUCGUCCGCGUACCCACAGACCAUAUAAAAAAAUAUUGGUUGUAGUUGAAGGUAUAUACAGUAUGGAAGGAAGUAUUCUUCAUCUUCCCGAAGUAAUCGCUUUAAAGAAGAAAUAUAAUGCCUAUCUUUAUUUGGAUGAAGCACAUAGUAUUGGUGCAUUAGGUCAAAUGGGUCGUGGUGUGGCUGAUUACUUUGGUGUUGAUCCACGUGAUAUUGAUAUUUCAAUGGGUACAUUUACGAAGAGUUUCGGUUCAUCUGGUGGAUACAUAGCUGGAAAUCGCAAGUUAAUUGACUAUCUUCGCUCGAUGUCAUAUAAUUCUGUAUAUGGUUGUAGUAUGCCAGCACCAAUAGCUCAACAAAUUAUAUCAUCCAUAAGAAUUAUCAUGGGAAAAGAUGUACCUGGUGAAGGUGAACGAAGAAUUAAAUGUUUAGCUGAGAAUAUACGUUAUUUUCGUGCAAGAUUACAUCAAAUGCGCUUAAUUGUUUAUGGGAAUCGUGAUAGCCCUGUUGUACCAGUUAUCGUUUAUAUGCCAGCUAAACUAGUUGCCUUCUCGCGUAGAUGUUUAGAAUUAGGAUUAGGAACUGUAGUCGUUGGUUUUCCAGCUACAACUCUGCUUUUAUCCAGGGUACGAUUUUGCAUUUCAUCAGCACAUACACGAGAGUUAUUAGACAGGGCAUUAAACAUAAUCGAGCAAGUUUCUGAAGAAAUAGGAAUUUGUUAUAGUAAGCAACCGAUUCCAGAAUGGGCUAAAGAAGUUUUAUACAAAGAUAAAAAUCAUUGUUAUACGAAUGGUUUCUUAAAAAAUAUUGAACCAUCAGUUAACAAACUACUUAAGAAAUCAGCUCAUACGGAUUCUGUAAGUAAUUCAGUCAGUCUGAGAAAACGCUGUUUAAAAAGAGAUACCAACGAAAAAUGUGGGAUUAACACACACUUUUAGCUAUGAAGCUAAAUGCUACGUUGUUUGAUAUACAACAUACAUAAAUAAAAGGAUCCAAUGAGUUUUCUUUCAUUUUCAUAAUUACAUUAGUGUUUGAUCAACAACAACAACAACAAAAAAAAAAAACAACCCAGGAAUAAUAACAAAUGUAUAAAAUAUCUUUUCUUUUUCUAUCAUAUUUGUCUUUUGUUUUUCUCGACUCAGUUUUACUAUCCUUUUUUUAAGAGUAACAUUUUUAUUGUGACAAUUACUGUUUUUUUUAAAAAAAAGAAAAAAGAAAACGUUUGUUCAGUGGUUAUACCUCCCUCUCUCUCUCCAUAUAUAUAUCAUGAAUUGAUCAGAUCUACUCAAGUUUGUACUUACUUUUUGUAACUGAGUAUAUGUCUAACUUUCAUGAUGAUUACCUCUCAAGAGAAUGUAAUAUAAACUGUUAUCAUUCAAUCAUUAUCUUACAAUAACUUUUAUUCAUUGUAUUUUUUUCCUACUUUUUAUAUACGAAAAUAAUAUAGAAUCUCUUUUUGCUAAAAUUGUAGCACUUUUCAAUAUAUAUAUAUAUAUUUUACAUAUUUUAGUUUGGUGUUACUAUCAUCUUCAUAAUCUCAGUACUCUUAAUUAGGUUCUUUUGAGUAGUUGUAUACUGAGACUUGUUGUUAAUAUUACUACUUUUUUUUAAACCAUUUUUAAAAAUCUAUUUGGCUGUGAUUUAUUAUUAUUAUUAUCAUUAUUACUAUAUAUCAUGUAGUUCUAAUAA